UGUGCUGUGUCCCUCGGGCCGAAGAUUUUGGCUCGGUCAUGUGAUCAUCUGUGUCCAAUCACAGCUGAUCUCAUGGGACAUGUACACUGAUCAUCAGAGCACUGAUCAUCAGUGUGCCCUGAUGAUCAGUGUAGCCCCAGCAGUGCCACCUGUCAGUGUCCAUCAAUGCCAGCUGUCAGUGCUCAUCAAUGCCACCUGCCAGUGCCCAUCAGUGCCACAUCAAUGCCACAUAUCAGUGCCUACCAGUGCACAUCAAUGCCACAUAUCAUGCUCAUCUGAGCUGCCUUUCAGUGUCACCUAUCAGUGCCAGUCAGUGCCACCUAUCAAUGCCAGUCAGUGCCACCUAUCAAUGCUGCCAAUCAGUGCCAGUCAGUGCCGCCUAUCAGUGCAUGUCAGUGUUUGUCAGUGCUGCCUAUCAGUG